GAUGAAAUUGUCCUAAGAAGCCGGUCCCCCGGGUUUGGUGUGUGAAAGUCAAGAGGUUGCUGGUUCAAGACGGAGAGAUGGAGGACAUCCAAGCACGUGUUCAGAAUGCUGUGAAUUCUAUGAUCACACAAUUAGAUCAAGAAUGCCUUAGAAAGAUGCAGGGUGAUAUGUACCGAUGUGGUGCCAAUUGCUGUGAUAACGUCAAUUCAAAUAUGGAAGAUGUGCACCGCUGCAUCGACCGAUGUUCAGAGCCAGUGAACCGUGCACAGAGUCUAAUUCAGAAUGAAAUACAAAUGUUCCAGGAUCGACUACAGCGCUGUGCCCUCGACUGCAAAGACCAAGUUCGUGACAGGAUGAACCCUACCGCUACGGAUAUGACCCAGUAUCGUGGAGAGCUCGAGUCUUGUGUACGGAAGUGCUCGGAGACUCAUAUUAAUUUGAUACCAACUCUUAUGAAACGCAUACGGGAGACAAUAGCAGUACAGUCGAAGUAGCACAUGGACCUUGUAGUCACAGCAGAGUUAGAGUUCGGGUGGAUGAACAGAUGGAUUGGGUGAGUGGAUGGAUGGACGAAUGAGAGCAGUCAUUGUUUAUGUUUCCCUGUUGGUUUUGGUGCUUAUCCCUCCCGUGGACAUAUGCAGGUAUCACCUGAUCAAGAGAAACAUUGCAGAGGUUUUCUUGUUGGUUGGGUGGAUGGGGCAGAGGAUAUGAGGCAUAUUGGUGGAGAAAUGCAAUUGGAAUUACAAGAAUUCUAACUGGAAUUGCAACAGUUCUAACUAAGAGAAAAUAAAAUUCUUAUAAAAUGAAAGUGAA